CCCCGGGCCGCCCCCGAACACCAAGUUGGCGGGCGCCUAUAAAAGCCUGUGACGGCGCGACCGCGGACACACCGUUCUGGCCCCAAGCAGCCGCCGCUGGACUCGUGCCAAUUCCUACCCUGCCGGACCCGCCGUGCCACCAUGUCCCACCACUGGGGGUAUGGCCCAGACAACGGACCCGAGCACUGGUUCAAGGACUUCCCCAUUGCCAACGGCAAGCGCCAGUCCCCUGUGGAGAUCGACACCAAGGCGGUGGUUCCUGACCCCUCGCUGCAGCCUCUGGUUGUUUCCUACGAGCAGGCGACAUCCCGGAGGAUCGUCAACAACGGUCACGCUUUCAACGUGGAGUUCGAUGACUCCCAGGACAAAGCAGUGCUGAAGGGAGGACCCCUUGCUGGCACUUACAGGCUGAGUCAGUUCCACUUUCACUGGGGUUCAUCUGACGGGCAAGGUUCUGAGCACACUGUGGAUAAAAAGAAAUACUCCGCCGAGCUUCAUCUGGUUCACUGGAACACCAAAUAUGGGGAUUUCGGGAAAGCUGUGCAACAAGCUGAUGGACUGGCUGUGUUGGGUGUUUUUUUGAAGAUUGGUGACGCUAAGCCAGGCCUACAGAAGGUCGUCAGUGUGCUGGAUUCCAUUAAAUACAAGGGGCAGAGCGCCAGCUUCACUGACUUUGACCCUCGCCGCCUCCUUCCCGAAAGCCUGGACUACUGGACCUACCCAGGCUCACUGACCACCCCUCCGCUCCUGGAGAGCGUCACCUGGAUUGUGUUCCGGGAGCCCAUCAGCGUCAGCAGUGAGCAGUUGCUGGCAUUCCGUAAACUUAAAUUCAGUGCGGAAGGAGAACCUGAAGAACCUAUGGUGGACAACUGGCGCCCGACUCAGCCCCUGCACGGCAGGCAGAUCAAAGCGUCCUUCAAGUAAGAUGGUUCCAGAACCCGAGUCCCAGUGACGAACCUCUGGGUUUCCCUUUAGCUGAGCACAGAUCUACUUGGUGAAUUGCACUCUGGCUGCCUGGCAUCUGGUUUUCUAGAUCCUUCAUCUCUCUCCUGAUGAGCUUACUACUAAAGCUGCAAGAGGUAGACCAGUUGUCAUGCUUGACAGGAUUGCUUUCUUAUGGUGGUGGCCUUUCUGUAACAGAGAAUACAAUAAAAGGGAUAGGAAAGCAUACUUUGACUUUGUUCACAGCCCGGGGCUGGGGGUGGGGAGUAGAUGAACACUCCACUAAAAUGCUAUUUUUAAUAAACAAAGGAAAGCGAUUGAGCGCAAAUCCGUAUCAUGAGAUAAAUUGGGCCAUGUAAUAUCAAUCAGGUAAAACAGUCACAAUUCUUUGUAACGUAAACCAGACUAAAUGUUUGUGACUGCAAGUUGCUAUGUUAAAGAAAAAUUCUAAAAUUCUUAUAUAUUUGUAGCAAAGUUAUCUUAAAUAUGAAUUCUGUUGUAAUUUAGUGACUUUUGAAUUAUGAAGAUGUAAAUGAGGUAUUAUCUGUAAAAAUUGUUAUAAUUAUAGUUGUGAUACAGAGUAUAUUUCCAUCCAAAUAAUAUACCAUAAGUUAAUAAAUGUUGUAUUUUAGAUAUAUUCGCUAAUAAAAUCCGGAGUUCU